AUGCAAUAUUACAAGGGAAAGACACUCAUCUUGGACCUUGAUGAAACGCUUGUUCAUUCAGUUCGACUCGGUUCAGAAAACUCCAUGAAAGAAGUAAGCCCCUCCAUUAUAAAGAAGAAUAUCGAGGUUCAAUGUGAUAAGCAAAAUUUGCUGUACGAGGUUUAUAAAAGGCCUCAUGUCGAUUUCUUUUUAAAGACAAUCAGUCAGUGGUAUAAAGUGGUAAUCUAUACUGCCUCUAUGGCAGAAUAUGCUGACCCCGUGAUUGAUUGGAUUGAUCAAGACAAUGUGAUUUCACGGAGAUUCUUUAGACAGUCAUGUGUGUUAAAAAAUGGUAAUUUCUUAAAGGAUCUUACUCUGGCUGAAGAGGAUCUCUGUAAAGUGUGUCUUGUUGAUAAUAGUCCUAUUGCAUUUGAUUUGUACAAAGAGAAUGGAAUUGCAUUGCCAACCUGGAUAUCAAACCCCAAUGAUGAAUCUCUAUUGGAUCUCCUACCCUUUUUAGAUGCUUUAAGAUUCGCGGCGGAUGUAAGAAGUAUAUUAAGGUUACAACACAAAUUAAAGUAA